AAUGUGGGGAUAGGAAGAUGGCUGCCCCCUAGGUUAUCUGCGGUCGCGGUCAAGAACCUGCAGAAAAUCGCUUUUACUUCCUCGUACAGUAUCAUUGUGAAAGCAAUUUUAACGGAAAAUGAUCCGAUACUGUUCAAUGCCUCAGUGUAAUACCUAUUGCACCGAGGUAAGAAUCGGUUUUCACCGAUAUCCAGCGGCUGGUGCGCUGAAGAAAGAGUGGCUCUCGAAGUUGAUAUUGCGAGGAAGCCUUCGAUUCACCGCAAUGGUUUUCUCUAAACAAUUCACCGCCGAAGACUUCAAACCAAGGAUGCAUGACAACCGAUGAAUCUCCCCAACGCCAACAAGAAGCAGAGCCAAAAACGGUGGCACAACACUACAGAGAAACGUCCGUGAAAGGAAGAUCCGACGAGUGUUGCCGUCGUGGAACAGAAAUAUCGACGAGCCAGGUGCAUGAACGCCAGUCGAGUUUCGACGAAACGGUCAGGCACGAAGCGAGGGGGACGGUGUCAACGCCGCUGCUUCCUCGGCACUAGCCACCGACGCGAGACCACUGGGUCAUCGCGGCGGCCGCAAUCUUGGGAGCAGCUGAGAAGCGGCCAUGGCUCACUCAGCUGUUUUCACGCGGCGCGAGGUGUUUGUGGCUGCCUGCCCUUCAUGCAGCGGCAUUUGCUCCGCGGACACGUAGCAAUGCAAUACCUCGGGGAGAUUUCCCAACACGCCGCGCCACCGCGAUGCGCGUCGACGGAACUUUCUACUCACUCUAUGGAAAAAAACAAAAUAUGACAACGAAAAAAAAACCCGAGGAGGCGAACGAAACAAUCGCCUCCUCCGCUCCGGUCGACUCCGGUCAGUGACGCGGCACAGAACCAGCGCGACCACUGCACAAGAAGUUCGCAGCCUUGGACAAGCAGCGGCGAAGGCUCCCAUUUUCUUUGUUGUUUUUGUUUUGCCCGAGCCCGCAGCCGUCAGAGAUACGUGACGUCUCGCGGCCACAAUCCGCCAUUGGAGGGAAAAUCCCGCGCGCGGGACGAUUUCGUCAUAGCGCCGGGCGCUCAUUGGUCGGACGUCGGAGACGUCACAUCCUGCGUCCUGACGCCUGCUGACGCCCGCGCGCGCCUGUGCGUGUGUGUUCACUUCCCGUAACGGUUAGUCAGUCUGUUGCGGCUGCCUUUGUGCUCGGGGUGUGAGUCCGUGCGUUCCCUGCUCGAGCGUCCAGUCUGCGCGUCUUGGAGCCGUGGGUCUCGCGCCCCGGGUCCCGCCGCCGUUCCGCCAGUGCCCCGCCCGGACCAUGGUGAUGGAUAACGACGCCCAGAAGGUAAUCGCCAUUUCGCUGGGCAAGAUCGCCACCUCCCGAUGCCAGCGUGGGGGACCCAGUUUGCACCGCAGCUUGCUGGUGGCCAGCGUGCUGUACAAAGCCCGGACCACGUACGUGGACGACGUGUUCCCGUCGUUCGGACAGCCUGCCGUGAGUGACCCGUGCCCGCAGGAUGCCAACGACGACGUGUCGACCGACGGCGACGACGGGAGCGUCGAGGCCGCGUCGGAGGCUAGGCCUAGCAGGACGGUGACGUCGACCUCGCCACUGACGUCACCGUACGAGGAUUGCGAUAGCACGGACGGCAACGAGCUGAGCGGCGACGACAAGGAAAACGUGCAGCCCAACAACGACCGCCUGAGCCCGGAGGCCCCCGUCAGGUGCGCCAAGCGAAGGCGGACGCUGGACGAAGAGGACUGCGCCAAGCGGUGCAAGCGGGACACUGCGCUCUGGCGACGCUCGAGCUCGUUCUGCCCGACAGACUCCGAGACGGACAGCGACCCCGAGCCGGCCGACGUCGAGCCUCACGACGGCGGCGAGGCGGCCAUGGAGGUCGAGUCCAUCUCCAACCUGGUGCUCGCCUUCAACUCCGGCCUCAAGGGACUCUCGUGGGACGCCGAAGACGCGACGCUCGACGACCACGGCCUGGCGCCGCUACGACGCGGCGUGUCGCUUCCGGACUUGUGUGGUCAGCACCGGACGCCCUCCUUUCCGGUCGCCGUGCUGGCUGUGUGAACCGACCGCCGCCGCUGUACAUAGGACGCACUGUACAUACCCGCCUGUAAGAUAGACCUCCCAUCCCUGUUUCUACGAAGACCGAGCGCGCCGUUGCUGGUAAUAAAAGUGUCGAUGCGAA